AUGCAAAUAGAGAUACCCGUCGUUCGGCAGGCACCGAAGUUCCGCUCCAAAACUUCCACGCGAAAUAUCACACUCGGCAAGCUGGAGAAUUUCCAAGCAAUCGAGUUUCUACCCGGAUCCGCUCGAGAAACUGACUAUACUGGACACGUAUGCUAUUUGGUUUAUCACAAAUUUCCCGGUCAGCAGUUCCUCCAAUCGCGGCAAAAAUUGGGUCUCGGGGUCCUACGCAUAAGUCCUGGUCAGAAAAGGUGGACAGUAGCGUUUGCCUGGAUAGAAAAUGUAGAAAGUCCGAACGCUAUCUGA